UGAAGAUUCUGGAGAAAAUAAUAUUCUUAUUAUAUACUGCGUUGAAAAUUUGAUCUUUGGUGCCUGUCACACGCAUUGCGAAUGGCUAAAUUCAGCGCUUCUUUAGUAAUGAGUAUACCUAUGCUUGCAAGCACAACAGUUGGCUUUUAGUCAAAUUGAAAUUCUAUGUUUGUUACUUCUAGUUUGAGGGUCCUUGACUCAUCCGGACCCUUUCGAAUUUUAAGCAAAAAUCAUUUCAUUCAAGUUUGGUGUUCUCGCUUUCAUUCUAAAGAAAAGUAGGUGAACAACUCGUGACGUAACACGGAGUUCUGACUCUCGUGUACGCUUGAUUUCCUACUUUUUGAAAUUUGGUACAUAAUGUCGGGGUCUCAACCCAUCUUCAGACCGCGUCUAAGGUCGAUGAGCUUCAUUUUGUAUUCAUGGACCACACUUCAAUAGAAAAAUCCCACGUGAACAGAUUCGGAAUCACCUGGUAUAUGUAGGCAUGUUACCGAAUCAUAUCGGAGAUCGCAUGUCUAUUGGGAUAGAAAUUUUCAUUGAUCAAAUAAAAGUUGUACUUGGUAUUAGUGGUAUUGAAUGAUUCCACGUGAUUGUGAGUGACGUAUAUCUUAUCAAAACACGAAACAGACAAUAACGUGCAUAUAUUGAAUUCAACUUUUCCAAUUCGUUCAAAGAGAAACACAUAACGUUUCAGCAAACAAAGAAUAAAUUGAAACGAGUUAAUCCUACACAUUGCCUUUUUAUAAAUAUCUCUGUGGCCCUAACGUUUGUUCAAAGAAUCUCGAUUAUAGUCAUUCAACCCGCGGAAAGCGCUACAUCAUUGCUGAUCUUCCAAGGUUGUGACGAGUCACAACGAUUACGUAACUGUUGUUUUAACUUACGCGCAUCUCAACCCGCGCAUAGAUUUGAUUACAUUUUCGGCCAAACGAUAGCUCUAUUACACAUGUGUGUAUUUUUCUCUUUCCAAAGGAAGGAGACAGAAAUAGAGACUCGCGCGCUAAGUUGCCGGUAUCAGUGUGAAUGUUUUCCAUAACUCCGCAGUGUUCGAUCUUCCUUCAGCGUGUUAUAUAUCAAAGUUAUAUCAUAGGCUCAUGUAAGCCAACAAGUGUCAUUAUAUUAUACAUAUCAGUUGAAUUUACGUGUAACUAAUCACAUUUGCCUCAAUAUGAAAAAGCAAAUAAAGGCAAAACGAGUGUAAGAUAAAAAAAUUCGCCAGAUUAUGCAUGCUUUACUUUCGGCCGUGAUAGAGGUUCAACUAUUACAAAUUCAGUAUAGAUAAAAAAAAGUUCGUGGUCUUACGCCGGCUUCAUCACAACGUGAUAACUUGUUAAUGACAAAAAUCCGUUAGAAGUGAUAAUAUUUUCAUCAAUUAAUCUGGGUCAUUAUCAUCUAUAUUGGUGGGUAAGGGAAAAGCAGGAAUCAUUCGACCGCCAACCGAAUUGGACAUUGUUUGGGCUAUACUUGUUUCCUAUGAAAGAGUGCAAUUUACUUCGUCUCACUUAAUAUUAUCUAAUAACAGACAAUAAAAUUAGGAAAUAUGACAACCGUCUUCUAAUAACAUCUUGGCAAUUAAUUUUUACAGUAGUAAAACAUUUCUUAUUCAUUACCUAUCUCAAUCUAAUCGCUUGUGAGAUAUGAUACUGAUCGGUGACAUUAAGUCCAGACGAAAUCAUUCCAUAUGGUAUCUUAUCUCAAACCAGUUAACUUCAAUCCCUCCAGUAAUCACGUAUCGAAGCUGUAUAUAGAACUCACGGUUGCGAGGAUGAACCCACCAAUGUGUUUCUGACGUCCUAAGGAGAAGGGUCAGAAAAUGUUCGGAAAUUAUUCGAGUCAGUGAAUAAUAUCGCUCUGGCUGGAUAUAAGUGUGUCAACAGUUCACCAUCACUUUUUUGUUAUCCAAUGGAAUGAUCCUGUGCGAGUUGUGUGAUUUUUUAUUCACAUAGGAUACUGUAGAUUCUUUCGAAGCAAGCACACGACCACAUAAUCGAAUAUGGAGAAGAAUAAAAGGCAGCAGCGUCUCCCGAAUCCACGUGAAACGGCGAAUCCACUUUCGUUUAUUACCUUUGCGUAUGUCAGAAAAAUGUUUAUGCUGGGCUUUAAAAGAGAUCUUGAAGUGGAAGAUCUGUACGAGCCUCUGAAAGGACAUGAAUGUGGAAAGCUUGGCGAUCGCGUAGCCCAAGAAUGGGCGAACGAAGUAAAGAGAGCAAAAAAUGCAGAUAAGACAAGUCAGCCUAGUUUGUUCAGGGUACUCAGAAAAUGUUUCGGACUUCAAAUCAUGUUGCUGGGAUCAGCCCUUACAUUUUCAGAGCUGUGCAUCAGGUCACUACAACCGCUGAUGCUAGCUGGUUUGCUACGAUACUUCAACACUGACAGUAACAUGGCCAUAGAAGAAGCAUAUUUGUGGGCAAUGGGGGUUGCUUUGACCACCGUUGUUCACACAUUCAUACUACAUCCCGUGAAUUAUGAACUGAGUCACGUUGGUAUGAAGAUGAGAGUGGCAUGCUGUUCUCUGGUAUACAAUAAAUGUUUCAAACUCUCGAGAACUACUCUCGCUGAAACCAACAUUGGACAGAUUGUUAAUCUUCUCAGCAACGAUGUUAGCAGAUUCGAUUCGUGCAUCCUUUUGCUCCCUUUCCUUUGGAUAGGACCCAUGCAGACUGUACUGAUGACUUACUUCAUAUACGUUCGAGUCGGUUGGGCUGCUGUAACGGGGAUUUUAACUCUUUUAAUAUUUGUCCCCUUGCAAGGAUUCCUUGGGAAGUUGUCUUCGAAAUUACGACUUCGAGUCGCCCUGCGAACGGAUACACGUAUUCGACUCAUGGAUGAGAUUAUAAACGGAAUUCAAGUAAUCAAAAUGUACGCCUGGGAGGAGCCUCUUUCGUUACUUGUGGAGAUCGCUAGGAGGAAAGAGGUCCAAGAGAUCAGGAAAAAUGUUUUCAUCCAAGGGAUAACUGGAUCAUUUGACUCCUACUUGCCGAGACUUUGUAUCUUCAUCACGAUAUUGGUUUACGUCUCAUUAGGAAACGUGAUCACGGCAGAACAAGUCUUCUUGACAACAGCAUUCUACAAUAUACUUCGCAUCCAAAUGACCCAGGGAUUGCCAAACGCCCUCCUUCAGAUCGCCGAGACCUCAGUUUCAAUCAGGAGAUUGCGAAAUUUCAUGUUACUCGCAGAAACAGAGAUAACAUCAGACAUUGAUGUUUCUUCUAAUGCUGAAAAAAAAGAGCAUUUACCCGCAGUUGUAUUGAAUAAUGCCUCAGCCAAUUGGAGGUCGGACAGUCAAGAAAAUACCUUGUCUAAUUUGAACGUUACGAUCGAACAUGGGCAACUCGUAGCCAUUAUCGGUGCCGUUGGCUCCGGAAAAUCGAGUCUCGUGCAAACCAUUCUUCGCGAACUCCCUUUGAAGAGCGGAAGUAUCAAAGUGAACGGCCAGAUAGCUUUCGCUAGCCAGGAGCCAUGGCUCUUCUCAUCCUCCAUCCGACAGAAUAUUCUCUUUGGUCGUCCGAUGGAUGAGUCGCGCUACCAGAAAGUGGUCAAUGUUUGUCAACUGAAACGCGACUUUACACUAUUUUCUCAUGGCGAUAAAACACUUGUGGGCGAGAGAGGGAUCAGUUUGAGCGGGGGACAACGGGCGAGAAUAAAUUUGGCGAGGGCCGUCUACGCGGACGCCGACAUUUAUCUAUUCGACGACCCCCUCUCGGCAGUGGACGCUCACGUGGGAAGGCACAUGUUCGAGGAAUGCAUCGACGGCUAUCUACUUGGCAAGACUAGAAUACUGAUAACCCAUCAGCAUCAAUACUUGAAGCAUGUUGACCGCAUCAUCGUCAUGAAUAAAGGUACCGUCGAGGCUGUUGGAACGUUCGACGAACUCCAAACCGCCGGACUUGACUUUGCCAAACUAUUGGAAAAAUCGAAGGAUCCAGAGGGCGAAGAAAAACAACCGGAAGUUUAUCGUAGAUUAUCUUCUGUCCCAAGCAUUCAGUCCGAACAAGGCGAUGAUAUGGAUCCCGUCGAGGUAGCAGAGAUGAGAACGACUGGCCAAAUAUCAGGAGAUACUUACAUUUCAUUUCUCAAAGCGGCAGGUAGCAUCUAUUUCAUCCUCGCCGCAUUCACAGUUUUUAUUUCAUGUCAAGUCGCUGGCUCCGGAGUUGACUAUUUCAUCAGCUAUUGGGUGAAUCUGGAAGAGGCUUCAGUUGAUGUUGUAAAUGGCACGAUAGUCAUCGACUGGGCAGGCCCCUUGACGAGAGAUAUUUGCAUUCAGAUUUACAGCGGAUUGGUGGUCGCUACUAUAAUCACAUCUUUCGCGAGAGUAUACUUGUUUUUCGAUGGUUGUAUGCGGGCUUCAAGAAAUUUGCACAAAAAUCUGUUCGCCAGCGUCUCUCGAGCCACAAUGCGUUUCUUCAACACAAACACGUCAGGGCGCAUAUUAAAUAGAUUUUCGAAGGACAUUGGAGCCGUUGACGAAUUGCUGCCAUUGAAUAUGUUACAAGUGAUUCAAGUGGGUUUGAUGUUCGUCGGUACCAGUGUCAUCAUAGGUAUAGCCAAUCCUUUGCUCAUCAUUCUAACUCUUCUCGUCAUCGCUGUAAUGUACAUGUCGCGGUUAUUUUAUGUACGCACCAGCAGGAGCAUAAAACGUUUGGAAGGAAUAACCCGCUCUCCAGUAUUUGCACAUUUGAGUGCUACACUUAAUGGGCUACCGACAAUUCGCGCAUUUCAUGCGGAGGCCAUUCUUGCUAAAGAAUUCGACAACCAUCAGAAUCUCCAUUCUUCGGCAUGGUUCAUGUUCAUUGCGGGAGCCCGUUGCUUUGGAUAUUAUUUGGACUUGACAAGCGUGAUCUACGUCACUCUCGUCACUUUCAGUUUCCUCGUCUUUGAUCAGGAUACGUUUGGAGGUACCGUUGGAUUGGCGAUUACUCAAUGCUUGGGGCUCACGCAGUUGCUGCAAUGGGGAAUGCGUAUGUUCACGGAGAUGGAAAACCAGAUGACCUCGGUCGAGAGAGUCGUAGAGUACAGUAAUCUGGAAAGCGAGCCACCCCUGGAAAGUACACCGGAAAAUAAGCCUCCGCGAGAAUGGCCAAGUCUAGGGAAAAUCGAAUUCAGAGAUUUGUCUCUGAGAUACGAUCCCGAGGAACCUCCCGUCCUGAAUCACAUGAAUUUCACCAUUCAUCCUCGAGAGAAGAUAGGAAUCGUCGGACGUACCGGGGCAGGAAAGUCUUCCAUGAUUUCCGCUCUAUUCCGACUGGCCCUCAACGAAGGAGAAAUUUACAUCGACGAUGUGCCGACGAGCAAGCUCGGGUUGCACGACUUGCGAUCUAAGAUCUGUAUCAUACCCCAGGAACCGGUAAUCUUUUCGGGCCAUUUGCGGGAAAAUCUUGACCCAUUCACCGAAUAUUCCGACGACGUUCUCUGGCAGGCUCUCGAUGAAGUGAAACUGAAAGAAACCGUGAAUCUGCUACCGGGGGGGCUGAGCUCCAAGAUGUCCGAGAGUGGAUCGAAUUUCAGCGCAGGCCAACGGCAGUUGAUUUGUCUCGCGCGAGCAAUCGUGAAACGCAACCAGAUAUUGAUAAUGGACGAAGCCACCGCCAACGUUGACCCUCAAACCGACGUUUUCAUCCAAGAAACUAUCAGAAAGAAGUUUGUCGAUUGCACCGUUCUCACGAUAGCUCAUCGCUUGAAUACGAUCAUGGACAGCGACAGGGUGCUGGUGAUGGACGCUGGAACAGUAUUGGAAUUCGAUCAUCCCCAUCUUCUAUUACAAAAUCCUUCGAGUCAAUUUGCCGAUAUGAUCAACCAAACUGGCCGAUCGAUGGCAGAGACUCUUAAGGAAAUAGCAAAACAGAAUUACUUCAAUCGAGCGCUCACGUAACGAAGAAGAGCAGGAGAAUUCCUCUUUGCUAUAUCCCCCAGGACUUUAUUUUACAAGAUACAUCGGAAUGAAAAAUGGUCUUCAAUCUUGUAAUAAGAUCAAGAGAUUCGUCAACAUCCAUGGUCACCAUCGAACAAGAUCCGUUAGCCGAGUAUGAUAGAAGAUGUAAUGAUAUAUUUAUUUGUACAAGAAUGGUAUCGCCCACGAAUAAUCUCGUCCACAAUCACAAACUUUCAACAGACAUUCAGUAUUCAGAUAUCAGAUUGAUCGAUGUAUCGCAUGUCUGGGGUGCGCAAUCAUCAUCAAGCUGAAAGUACUGACGAUAGUCUGUCAUAAAGUGCUUGUCAAUACCGUUCAAGAUUCUGGAAAGAAUAAUGUUUUCAUCAUAUCGGCGUUGGGAACUUGAUUUUCGACGCCUGUGAUACGCAUCGCGAACGGCAGUACACUCUUAUAGGCAGUAUCCGUGUGCUCCUAACCAUGUCUACUUUAAUUCGUAAAAACUCAUGCAUUUCCGAAUGAAACAACGGAAAUUGAUGACUUGUGUCGACCGAAUAUUUUUGACAUGUUAGUUUUCUCUCCAUUCAGAUUCAAAAAUUAUUUUUCAUUUACAUCAGAA